AAGUUAGCUUCAAGAUUAAAAACGCAUGCAACUGGCAAUGUGGAAUUAGGUGAAGAUGAAGACUUCUCUGACAAAGAGUUCACAAACCUUGUAAAUGAAAACAAGAAACUGAAGUACCGCAUUGGCAUUCUUAAGAAGACUUGUGAUGGUGUCUCAGAUUGCAUCUAAGACAUUAAGAAUUGACAUUUAAUAUUACAUGUAAUCUACAAGACUAAAAAAAAAACAAUUAGUGAAGGAAGUGUUUGAGUUACUAAGUGUUUUAAAUGAACUGAGAAUCAAAAUCCACAAAAACUAGCUUGGUGAAAAGUAACUGGAAGAAUACUUUUGCUGCCUAAGUAAUACACUAUAGGUAUCCAGUAUGUAAAUCUAUCAGAGGCAGUGGUCACACCAAGAGUGAUCAGCAGAAGGAAGUGCUUGUGAACUUUAUUGAAGAAUUGACUAACACACAUUUGAAUGACUCGGAUUUCUUAUACAUACUAGCAUAAUGUGUGAAUUCUCCAACAAGAAGUUAUGUACUGGAUAUUCUCGGGGCCUUACCUCGCAUCUCUCAUCGUCUUGUAGGAGCAUAGAAAGUCAAGGUGGUGAUCCUAGUUCCCCAGCAAAGGAUGAUAACUUCAGCAACCAUAUGUGCAACAUCUUGGGGCAGCUUGAGGGUAUAUUUAAAAAGGCAGUACUGUCAGCUUACCCUGAUGUUAUUGAUCCAGUUAUCCAGAUUCAAGUUUCCAAACAUGCAGACUACCAGUGUAAUGCAGCCAUGGCUCUUGCAAAGAGUCUCAAGAAAAACCCACGUGAAGUUGGGCAGAUGGUUGUUAAGAAUGUAGCGCCUAGUUCCCUCAUAUCUAAGUUGGAUCUUUCAGGCCCAGGGUUCAUCAACAUUUUCCUUUGUCAGGACUUCAUAAAACAGCAGGUAACAAAUGUUGUGUUGAAUGGUGUUACUCCACCACCAACAACACCAAAGAGAGUCAUUGUUGAUUUUUCUUCCCCCAACAUUGCCAAAGAGAUGCACGUUGGACACCUAAGGUCCACUAUUAUUGGAGAUAGCAUAUGUCGCUUACUGGAAUUCCUAGGUCAUGAUGUCUUGAGACUGAACCAUCUUGGUGAUUGGGGCACACAGUUUGGCAUGCUCAUUGCUCAUUUACAGGACUCUUUCCCCGACUUUGCCAAAAAAUCUCCACCAAUUGCUGACCUUCAGGCCUUCUAUAAACAAUCAAAGCAGCGCUUCGAUGAGGAUGAAGCUUUUAAGAAACGAGCAUAUGAGGCUGUAGUAAAGUUACAAGCACAUGAUCCAGUGCACAUCAAAGGCUGGGAUGAUAUAUGUAAUAUAUCCAAGAAAGAAUUUGAAAUGGUUUAUGAACGUCUUGGAAUCCGGAUUAUCCAUCGAGGAGAGUCAUACUACCAGAGCCGUAUGGAAACUCUAGUAAAGCAACUGGAUGAUGCUGGCUUCUUAGAGCAGGAUGAUGGUCGUAAGGUCAUGUUUGCUGAAGGUGCAGAUAUUCCUCUGACAGUUGUGAAAUCGGAUGGUGGAUUCACAUAUGACACCUCAGAUAUGGCCUGCAUUAAAAAUAGAAUAGAAGAAGAAAAGGGUGACUGGCUUAUUUAUGUUACAGAUGCUGGUCAAUCACAACAUUUCAAGAGCUUCCUUGCUUGUGCUAAAAAGGCAGGAAUCUAUGAUCUUUCAAAGACACGUGUAGAUCAUGUUGUCUUUGGUGUAGUGCUCGGAGAAGACAAAAAGAAGUUCAAGACUAGAUCAGGUGAUACAGUAAGAUUGGUGGAAUUGCUUGAUGAGGGCCUGCAGCGAUCUGAGGAGAAGUUAAAAGAAAAAGACCGGCACAAAGUCCUGUCUGAAGAGGAGUUUACUAAAGCACGAAAUGCUGUUGCUUAUGGUUGUAUCAAAUAUGCUGACCUCUGCCAUGACAGGUCACGAGACUACAUAUUCUCUUUUGACCGGAUGUUGGACUUCAGAGGCAACACCGCAGCCUACCUGCUUUAUGCUCUUACAAGGAUACGUUCCAUUGCCAGGACAGCUGGUGUGAACCGAGAGAGCAUUGUGGCUGAAGCAAGGAAGAAGCCCAUUGAUCUGGACCAUGAGAAGGAAUGGAAGUUAUCUCGUACUAUCCUUAGACUUCCUGAUGUUCUCGUUCGAAUUACAGAGGAUUUGUAUCUCCACCCACUGUGUGAAUACCUUUAUGAGGUUUCAACAGUAUUUACUGAGUUUUACGAUAACUGCUACUGUAUCGAGAAGGACGAUACAGGGAAGAUUGUUAAAAUAAAUAUUGGGCGCCUGAUGCUGUGUGAGGCAGCUGCUCAAGUAAUGGAGAAGUGCUUUGCUAUUCUCGGUAUAGAAACUGUAGAAAAAAUGUAGUCAUGUACGAAGAUAAUAUUUAAAUAAAGAUAAAAUGAAUAA